AGCUCUUACAACACGUGUAACGCAUAAAAUUAGACGUACCAGUAGCCGUACGAUAGAAGUGGACACUUUCUUUUGCCAGGUCGUAGUUGAGCAGCGCCAAUCAGCAGCAAUAUGCCGGAAAUCGCCAACACUUGUUCACCGCCACUGAAACGGGCGCGGAAGGAGGACGCUAAGGCCGAGAAGGAGCGACUGCGGGCCGCUCGAAAGGCUGCCGAAGCGCAGGAAAAAGCCGUAUAAUUUUUGGCAUAAGUUUUAUACUUCUUAGUGCAGGAGGAGACUCGUGUCACGCGUUCAAAGUGUUUGACAUUGACUUUAGUUGUCCGCAGAGGAUUUCCUUUGACUUUAGGCAAAGAAUGACUCACGACGGCGCGCUGCAAAUUGGUCUCUCUGGCGCGAGAGCGAAAUUGCUUGGCCUUGCGGUGUCGAAAAGGAUGCAGUUCUCUCGUGGUUGGGGUUGCCUCAGGCAACGCAAGCGAAGCGGCCUGCUUUGCCUGAGGUAGCUCCCGUUUUUUUGUAGUUCCUGAAGUUGCAGCGGACGCGGGUCCUACUGUGUCGCGUCGGAUUUUUUUGCGGGUCACGACGCUGGCAUAAUUGUCGCGCGUUCGUUUUGGCGUCCCCCGCUUUCGUCGUCAGGGACGCUUGGCCACGCAUCACAGCGUGCGGCUUUGCGUCCUUUCGCUUGCCUUGCCUUGCCUUGCCUUGCCUUGCCUUGCCUUGCCUUGCCUUGCCUUGCCUUGCCUUGCCUUGCCUUGCCUUGCCUUGCCUUGCCUUGCCUUGGCCUGGCCACUCAAGUGGUUUGGCGCCAAUCGCGUCGUCGCGUCGGUUUUCAUUAGACCGGCGCAGUAAGCCUUCUCUUCUUGUUAUCCGCCAUGGAUAUAGGUUGCUACCAAACGCACUGAAUUAUCCGACUACAGGAGACGAAGCGGCUGAGAAAGUUCCACAAGGGUGUUGGGGACAACCUGAAGCGGUAUGUCCAGGACGAGAAGAAAUCCGCGUCCUUCAACAUGUCGCAGGCCGUAUCAACUGCAAAGUGGUCUGGUUUCCUGGGAGGUUGCACGCUUGUGAGGCAUCGGGCGGAAGUGGGAAGCCACAAAAAAACUAAUCUUGCGCGACUAUCUCUAGUUGGCCAUCUUUGGUCAUGGUAAGUAGACUAAAGACCUUGCGAUAUCUGUAAUGCCGGUGGUUAUCCGAUUCUGAUGUCAUGCUAGGUCUUGCAUUGCACACCGCAUCGGGCACAGAAGAGCAGUGCGAUAACAAACUUUUGUAGGCCUUCAGACCCAGACAUAUGCGCAGUUGAUAGUCCGAGUAUGAUUGGGUUUUCCGAACAGUGGAAUCUACGAAGAAAAGCAAGGGCGACGCGCUGCAUUUGUCCACCUACGAGGAGGCUGCGGCGGUGUUCGGCGUGAGCAAGAUACAAGGUGGACGCUUUGAGGCGUGUUCCGUAUCUUACAGAAAAGCGCGCGCAGUAUACCAGAAAAAGAAUAAGACCUAUGCUGCUGGUUUGCUAGCGCAACACAAGCUGGAAUGUGGAGACCACAAGACAGGCCAUUUGCGUUUUCUGUCAUGCAGCAUGCACGUGGACGUGGGGACGCAGUUUAGUGAUUAGAGGAGUGGCACCAAAAAGGCUUUUCAUGUUGAAUAGCGAAGAGUAAAGAGGCCUUGUGGUUGUGACAAUAAAAAUUGCUCAACACUAACUUUCAUUUACUUCUUUGCGCUUUUGCUUUUCUGCAGAAUAUUUCGGGCGCUGCAGCUGGUGCAUCACGUCGAUGAAAGUGAAGCGAACAAGCCCGACGGCGGUGGCGUUCACGUGGACGCUCAGCGAUAUCCUGAGCAAAAACGCCCCAACACAAAUCCAGAAGCUUGGGCCGGAGUCAGGCAAAGUAAGGCGCUCCCUGUAUUGUAGUGCUGUUCGAAAAAGCCAUCGCCCAAUCCUGUUUCUAGCAUUACAGAUUCCAAAUGCCUCGCUUGGGAUGGAUGCGCAUUACAAAUGUUUCUGCAAUUCUUGUAAAUCGGCAUGGGUGGGGACGUUUUUGCUCAGGAUAAGUGACGAGAGAUGGGAAAACGACAACUGCUGCGGGCGAUAGCUUUCGCGAUGCAGGUCGCAGCGAAGGAGCUCCAGACUUUCUGUAAGGGUUUUGCCCCGAUGUGUAGGGAAAAUGUUUUGAAGCUCGAUGUACAUCAAUGAAGACUCCAAGGACGAGCUAGCAAGCUUGCCUGGACCACAAGAAGUAGGAGAUCUCUUGUUGACAGCGAGCACCCUGUGCUGCUCGCAAAAAGCAGAUGAAUAUGUAAAUAUAUUUGCUGGCGGCAUUUCUCGUCAUUCGUCGUGAAUGAUCACGGUUCAUUCGAUGCCCGAAGGUGGAUCUCUUAGGUUACUUCGUUGAUUUUAGUCUGCACAGCAGCCACAAACCAAACCGGACCCAUCAAACUUGGCCCGCAAAAUUCGCACAGG